GUUCCUAAAAGCUCGGUUCAAGCCUCUGGCAGGAUGGACAGAGGAGAAGAAGCUCCUAUGCCUGGAACUGCCUGGAAUGGGUAUUUAAGCCUUUUCAGUCAUGGGACCACAGCAGGCAGCCACUGGUCAAAUACAACCUCAGGAGUGACAGCAACAACCACAGACUCAUGGCUGGAUGCUGUCAAUUCGAGUGAGUACCCAUAUGAAUACCUGGAUGAGGAGGAUUACGGGCUCUAUGGCCUCUGCACCAAAGAGGAGGUGCUCUCCUUCAGCAGGGUGUUCUUGCCAUCAUUUUACACCGUCAUCUUCCUGCUUGGAAUGGCUGGGAAUGCUCUCCUGUUUACUGUCCUCCUCAUGUACAUCAAGAAGAAAAAGAAGAUGACUGAGUUGUAUCUGCUGAACUUGGUGGUUUCAGACUUCUUCCUGCUACUGACCCUUCCUUUCUGGGCUCUGUACAUUUCUCAGUGGGUCACCUGGGACAUCUUGUGCCCAUUCUUAAAUGCCAUGUACACUCUGAACUUCUACAGUGGCAUCUUCUUUGUGAGCUGCAUGAGCCUGGACAUGUACCUGCAGAUAGUUCAUGCUUGGUCUCCUCACAGCUCGACAGUGUGGAGGAAUUCCAUCCUCGUCUUGUUGGCGAUGUGGGUCCUUUCCAUAUCUCUCUCCAUUCCUGAUGGUCUUUUCACCAGCACAAGGCAAAUUCACAACAAAACCAUCAUGUGCACCCAGGAUUAUGGCCAGGAACAUUUAUUUUGGAAAGUUGUCUUUCGAGUGAUUCAAAACAUCCUGGGAUUCCUUUUCCCCUUCCUCUUCAUGACCUUCUGCUACUCCCGCAUCGCCUGUGUGCUCAACACCUCCCAGAUACCUGGCUCCAGGAGAGCUCUCUGCUUAGUCCUUACUCUGGUGGGGGUCUUCUUUGUGCUGUGGUGUCCUUACAACGUUGUGCUCAUCCUCCACUCCCUGCAAGAUGUCGGUGUGAUCAGGAGCUGUGAGAGCAGCAGGAAACUGGACUAUGCCCUGCAGGUCACGGAGAGCUUGUCCUUUGUCCACUGCUGUCUCAACCCCUUGCUCUAUGCUUUUGUGAAGAAACGGUUCAGGGCAUAUUUGUGGAAGAUCCCUCAGGCCAUUUUCAGGAGAGGUGCUUUCUUUUCCAUCCAGGACUCUCAGACGAGCCCAUCUUGCAGCAGAUACGCAGCUGAGAUAGAAAUGUUGAGCAUCACAAAUGCCUCAUAA